AUCGCUUAAUCUCAAAGUUCAAAGAUGUGAAUUUCGUAAUUUAUAACAGAAAUACAUCGUCAAAUUUCAUUUCAAAAUGCACUGAACAUAAAACUACACAUUCUUUCUACCAGAUAUGUGAUUAAUCGCGUUAUGAAACCAAUAUACAAUAUCAAAAUUUUUCGUGUUUUUGCCGUAGUGUUUUUGUUAUUGUCGGUACUUUUCUGUUAUUUGUAUUUCUUUCAGCACUCCUCUCACACACAUAUACACCGAAAAAUUGAAAAACAUGGAAGGAAGCUGAAAACUAAAUUAUAUAAUCCUCGAGAAACCACUGUUAUUAUCAAGGAAAGAAUCGUGCAUUUGGAUCUAAAAGGAGCCCCACCAAAAAUAUCCUAUUAUUCAAAAUUAUUUCCUUUGCUGGUUAAAAUGGGAGCUACAGGUGUUCUAAUAGAAUACGAAGAUAUGUUUCCUUAUAAUGGCCCUCUUUUAAAAAAUGUAACUGCCUUUAAUUCGUACACUUUAGAAGAAAUCAAAACAAUCAAUCAUUUAGCUAAAGAAAACAAUUUAAAAGUUAUUCCUUUGGUGCAGACUUUUGGUCAUUUAGAAUUUUUACUGAAACUAGAAGAAUUUAAAGAUUAUAGGGAAGUUUGGAACUAUCCCUCAGCUAUUUGUCCGAGUUAUACAAAUACUUUAGAAGUUAUUAAAGAAAUGUUACACCAAGUAAUUGAAGCACAUCCAGAAAGUGGUAUUAUACACAUUGGAUCUGAUGAAGUCUUUCAUUUAGCCACUUGUCAAAGAUGUAGGGACAAAAUGCUUACGGAUAAUUUAACCAAAAACAAACUAUAUUUGAACCAUAUUACAUCUGUAAUAAACGCAAUAAGACAAAAGAACCCAAACUUGAAAAUACUAGCCUGGGAUGAUCACUUUCGACUCCUAAACCACACAGACAUCCAGAAAAGUCGUUUGGGUGUGAAUUUCGAGCCAGUCGUUUGGCAGUAUCAGAAAGAUGUUUAUGAUGAACUGGGCCCCAGUUUGUGGAACAUGUACUCCAAAGCUUUUUCUAGUCUGUGGGCAGCUAGUGCCUUUAAAGGCGCUAUCGGCAGCAAUAAGUAUAUAUCUGACGUGAAUCACUAUGUACAAAAUCACAAAAGUUGGUUGGCAGUGAUCAAAGAGUACGGGAGGAAAAUUCACUUUGAAGGAAUUAUAUUAACAGGUUGGCAACGAUAUGAUCACUUUGCAGUUCUCUGUGAACUACUGCCUGUAGGACUACCCGCUCUAGCAAUGAGUUUGAGAUUGUUACUGGGAUACAAAGAUUCCUUGAUUGGGCCUCCUACAGAAGUAGCUAAAUUAUUACAAUGCUCUCAACCAUAUGGUCUAAUAGGUUCAGCUUUUGGAACACCAAAAUGUAAAUUUCCAGGUGGGGAUAUAUUAGAGUACAUAAUUCAUUUGCAUCAACUAAAGCAAGAAUAUGAAGAAAUAAUCGAAGAUUCACGGGUAAAGGGUUGGCUAAAUGAAUACAAUAUAAAAUAUUUGUUUUCUAACCCACAUUACGUAAAAUCUGUGCUGUUACCUUUGGAUAAAAUUAAAGAUGAACUGGAAUAUGUUAAGGAUAAUAUUUCAAGAGCAUUAAGGGAGGUUUAUGACAAAUAUACUGUUAGUGAAUGGCUUGAAACGUUUGUAAAACCCUUUGAAACUGAGGUUCUUAAGCUGUGGAGGGCCAAACAUGAAUUAUUAAAGAAAGAAUCUUGGCCUAGAAGACCUUUAGAUUUUAAACACGAAUUGUAAUAUAGUUAUGAACCAAUUUCUUAUACACUGUGAUUUUGUUUUGUUAUAAAAAUAAAAAACUUUUUAAAA